AUGGGAACGUAUGCUGGAGCGCAUGAAGGGGAUGCGGAAAAUGUUGCGCCCGUUGAAGAAGCGGAAAGUAAGCCGGCAAAGCGCAUUUGUACGGGUGGGGACAAGGAUGGUGUAUAUGACAGGAGAACGGACAAGCUAAAGCAGAUGAAGGAGUGGAAGAGCCGUUUUGGUGCGUUUAUGGCGUAUACUCAGACGGUACUUAACGACGUACUUGGCGAUACUCGGCCGGAUGCGACCUCGGAGUUGAAUAGCCGACCGGGAAAAUCGCCGAGAGCGCACGCUUGGUGCCGAUCCGCCAUCAAUACAGAGCUCUUCGCAAAUCAUCCCGAAAAAGACCCCAAAUACACAGGCUCUAAUAAACCGCCUUCAGUGACGGAUCCUAAAAGAAGGGUUUACAAUUCGUUGACCGAGGCUCCCCGCAACUUCAAGGAGUGCAUUGACUGGCUGAUAGCCCUGAAGGGAACUGAUCCGGAAAACAACUUCGAGGCUAUGGGUGCCGCAUUACACAAGUUUCUCGCGGACAAGCCGGUUGGAAAGAUGGAGCUGCCAGCUCUCGAGAAAAUAAAAAGCAUUUCUAAAGAGUUCCUGGAGAGUCCGGGGCUUAAGAAUGAGCCAUUCGUGAAACGCAUGCUCUCGAUAUUCAACGGAGGUAUUAGUGGUAUGUCAGCUCCGGCGCAUUUUGCGGAUUCACCUGAUGCUCCCAGUUCUUCUGGUUCCUCGGGUUCUGUAUCUCAGACGAUUAGAGAUAUCCUCCUCAGCAAUUAUGAGAACAUCGUCCAGAGGGACCGUCUCGGUCCUGAAGACAUCGCAAAGAGCUUCGCUCAUGUUGUGGGUGUUUGUGAGAAGUUAUUGGAUGGUAUCAAAAACCCUGACCAGUAUAAUUCCGCAUACAGUUCAGAAGCGACGUUGGAUACAUCAUGUUCUAAACACCCGGACGCUUGCGCUAUCAUAUUCGUGGGGAUUGCGCCAAUGUUGGCCAUUGGCUUUAAUGCCUUGUUCGCAGUCGAUAUAUCUCCACUAAUGGGGUUGCCGCGUUUCCAGGGGUGUCAGCCUAUGUCAGUAAGGUUGAAAGCCGUGGGCUACGUGGAGCCGGAGUUGCACGCUGGAAUGAAUGUUUUAACUUAUCUUAUGGCGUUGAUCCAGAUAGAUAAACGCGCACUUGUCCACAUUUACGACCUCGCCGGCUUCUGGGCUUUUUACUGA